AGGGAGUGGAGGACGGGUGUCAGCGUGAGGCCUGGAAAAAGGCUGAACUGGGAGCAACGCUUGGAUAGUGGACAGAGAGAUUACGAAGAGCAGAGGGGGGCUCUUGUGAAUAGCAGUUUGAACUGAGGAGUAACAUUUGUCAGAGUAUUUAUAAAAUGGAAGAUAAUAUUGACACCAUUUUAUUCCACAAGUCAACUAAGUUUGUGUUCAGUGACCAGGAUAACUCCAAAUUGUCAUGGAUUGCAAUGGGUAUGACGGCUGGAGUGUAUGCAGUAUGGACUAUGUUUGUCGUACCAGGCUUUCGAAAAGUUCCCUGGAAACUAAAGGUUCCAUACCUACCUUCUGGAAAAGCUCAGACAGCUAACGUGCUGAAACUUUUGCAAGGACGGAAAGGCCGAUUGGUUGACCUGGGAUCAGGAGAUGGGAGAUUGGUUCUUGCAGCUGCGCCUCUGGGAUUUCAAGGUACAGGCUAUGAGUUAAAUCCCAUCUUGACAAAUUGGGCAAACGCUAAGGCUUGGUGGAAAGGCUUCUCUAAAGACCAGGCCACUUUCCUCAGGGAGGAUUUUUGGUCGGCGGACCUUUCAAAAUACAAAAAUGUGUUGGUGUUCCUGGCCCCAAGUGUGGUGGAGGAGCUGGAGAAGAAGUUAUCUGCAGAGCUUCCUGAAGAUACCCGAGUGAUUGUCUGCAGAUUCCCAUUAUCAGAAUGGCAGCCGACAUGCACAGAAGGUGCUGGUUUGGAUCAAGUUUGGGCAUAUGAUCUGGUCAAUUUAAAGAAGAGUCCAGAUCACAAUCAAAGUCAGCAGCUGAUAUGAUUUCCUACUUGUUUGAGGCCGGGUUCACACUGGUCUGACAAACGCUCCGACAUUG